UUGGUGGUUCUGGUUGGUGUUGUUCCUGGUUUCUGUCCCUACUUUGUAUUGUAUAGGUAAAAAUUAUGAGCUUUUAGAAUAUUAGAUAGACAACAUUUCAGGAGAAUAAUGGAAUUAUAGACCAUGAGUGAAAAUUAAUUGAAAAGUGAUGUGUUUUUACAAAUUUCUAUGGGACACAACUCCUGUCAUAAGUUAACCAGUCCUUUUUGAAGUCAAGACUGUUUCAUCGUGCAGGAUACUUAGUUCACUGUCAGAAAUAUACAAGAUUCGUUUCUAUCUAUCUCUCCUGUCUGCUUCUGCACCUCCUUCUUUCACAUCGUUCUGCUCAUGUGUGUCAUUUAUGAUCAGGCCAGUGACGGGGUGGCAAUCAGACUCCAAACCGUCAACCAUUCAGCAGCAACCCAUCUCUAGAAUCCGUCCCGCCGACCUCCGUUACCUCAGACUGCCGGUGGUGAGUGACUGCUCGCCGCAGGCUGGUCGAGUAUCUACCAACCACCCAGGGUCCAGCAGUAUGGCUGUCUCCAGGGUUCCGAGCCCCCCGCCCCAAGAAGUCAACACCCCCGUCGCCGAGAACUGGUGUUACACUCAGGUGAAAGUGGUGAAGUUUAGCUACAUGUGGACCAUAAACAACUUCAGCUUCUGCCGGGAAGAAAUGGGCGAAGUCUUGAAAUCCUCAACCUUCUCCGCAGGAGCCAAUGAUAAGCUGAAAUGGUGCCUCAGAGUUAAUCCAAAAGGCUUGGAUGAAGAAAGUAAAGACUACUUGUCGCUCUACCUACUGCUGGUUUCCUGUAAUAAGUCAGAAGUGCGCGCUAAGUUCAAAUUUUCCAUUCUCAACGCAAAGCGAGAAGAAACUAAGGCUAUGGAAAGCCAAAGAGCCUACAGAUUCGUACAAGGAAAAGACUGGGGAUUCAAGAAGUUCAUAAGGAGAGAUUUUCUUCUGGAUGAGGCUAAUGGAUUGUUGCCCGACGACAAAUUGACCAUCUUUUGUGAGGUGAGUGUGGUAGCCGACAGUGUGAAUAUUUCUGGACAAUCAAACGCAGUCCAGUUCAAAGUGCCCGAAUGCCGGUUGGCCGAUGACCUCGGCCUCUUGUUCGAGAUUCAGAAGUUCAGCGAUGUCACCUUGUCUGUCGGUGGUCGAGAGUUUCAGGCCCAUAAAGCAAUCUUGGCAGCUCGUAGCCCUGUCUUUUCUGCCAUGUUCGAACAUGAGAUGGAGGAACGAAAGCACAACCGCGUUGCGAUCACUGACGUAGAUCAUGAAGUCUUGAGAGAAAUGCUCCGUUUCAUCUACACUGGAAAAGCUACUAACUUGGAGAAAAUGGCCGACGAUCUACUUGCAGCGGCAGAUAAGUAUGCUCUUGAGAGACUGAAAGUAAUGUGUGAGGAGGCCUUGUGCACAAAUCUGUCAAUCGACAACGCUGCUGACAUCUUGAUAUUGGCGGACCUGCACAGCGCCGACCAACUCAAGGCACAGGCCAUCGACUUCAUCAACACCCAUGCCACAGACGUCAUGGACACCAUCGGGUUCAAGUCUAUGGUAACCUCCCACCCCCACCUGAUAGCGGAAGCGUUUCGAGCACUUGCCACACAAAACAUCCCACCCAUCGGGCCUCCGAGGAAACGUGUCAAGCAGAGCUGAAAACACAGUAGUUGACUCGUUCGUCUUGCUGAAUGUUUUCAAAUAGACUGUGUACAAUAGAACGUUCAUUUAAUUCAAACGUCACGUCGCCGCCUCGAGUUAAGUGUUAAGUUAUCAGUGUCUUUAUGACAGACUUACAAUUGGCAGUAUAAGACGACUGUCUCAUCCUAUUCGUUAGUUAAGAUUGUGUUAUGUUCGGGGCAUUUUGUAUGUUUGUAUCAAUAUUUGUUUACCAAUAUGUUUAAUUGAUUUACUUGUUGAUUUGUCAGAGUUAAUCGUCUCGAUGAUUAGAGAGUUGACUUCACCAAAUAUGAAAUUAUCGAUUGAAUGUUUUCUCAGAAAUUUCUUUAAUGUUUGUUAAACAGAAAAUUGAGCGACUUGUGUAUUUGAUAAAUCUCGCCGAAAAUCUGUUAUAUUUUUUCCACAAUUUUACCAAUAAUUUCAAGAGUAACUUAGAGUUGUUUUGUAAUAUUAUACCACUGCGUAUUUAGCCCUCACAAAUAGUAUUUAUUUUGUCAAAUUGAUGGUUUAGUUUGUAACUGGAUCGAAAGUUUCAAAGUGUGCCGGACUGGACAUUACAAUGUACUGUAUUAUUAUCGGGACCAUGAAGUGCGCUCCCAGCGACCAGUGCGUUCCGUGUUUGUGUGUUCGAUGUAGUAGUGAACGCUUUUCGUGUAGCCUGCACCUAGCUUGUCCAGUUCAUUUACUUUGUUAACUGUUUUUGCAAGGGUUUGUAAAGCCAAUGUUUUCGUUGGUUUUUGUUAUACUUUGUACAAGACAAGCGAUUAGGCUUUUGUCAACUUACUUGUUGCUCAUUAUGUACUAUAAAUAUUGAAAUAUAAUAUAUUGAAAUAUAUAUAUAUACUCAUUAAAUAUAUUAUAUAUAUUUAUAUAUAUAUAUAAAUAUAUAUAUAUACUUAACUCAUAAAAAAAAAUUUUGCAAGAUAUUACUUGUAAGGUUAUUGGUUCAGAAUGGAUAAAAAUGGAAUAAGAAAUAAACAAUGCAGUCAAAUUAAAUUGAAUUAUUUCAAAAAUGUUUCUAAAAGUGGUUGUUUUGUUGAAUGUUGACAAAAGCUUGGUCUGUGUCAAAUAGAUCUCUCACAUUGGCUCGUACUCCCCUACGCCAUACGUUUCUGUGAUAUCAGAUGUUCGCCCCUUGCGUGUGUGAGUGAAAGUGUGUGUGUAUGUUUGUACGUUAUUAUUGUCUCAGUUAUUCUUGCGUUUUCUCAGUACAAUUUAGCCAGUGUUACCUCAAAUAUAGACACACUGACCCUUAUCUUUUUUUACGUUCUGAUGUUCUUUAUAUAAUUUAUGUCAGUCAGAACAUCCUGCAUAACCUAAUAGUGUUACUUUACACGAAUAAGUCUAGCCUUUGUUGUUCAUUUGAAACCUAGCACUUUCACUACUCUAGAUAGUGGUCUAUAUAGUAAGUCGUUUAAUAAAUAAUAAUUAUUAAUUUUUUGUA